GGUUUAGUUGGGAGUUUCUUCCGUUACAGUCAAGAAGUAGCCUACGAUACUUUUAUCGGCUUCUGUGCCUUUUGAAAAAAACCCCGGACAGAAACUUUUUUUUUUUGCCGGAUGCUGGGAUACAGUUACGUGCUCUGGGCAUUUCAUAGCAAUAGCGAAACAUUUUUCUCUCUGUAUUUGUUCACAGUUGCGAGGAAGGAUGGCAGCAAUCAAGGCACUCCAGCAAUGGUGCAAAAUUCAGUGUGAUGGCUAUCGAGAUGUGAAUAUCAUCAACAUGACAACGUCGUUCAGGGACGGACUGGCUUUUUGCGCGCUUAUCCACAAACACAGACCGGACCUAAUAAACUAUGGCUCUCUCACUAAGGAAAAUGUUUACGACAACAACAACUUGGCGUUCCGCGUGGCGGAGGACCACCUGGGCAUCCCGGCGCUGCUGGACGCGGAGGACAUGGUGGCUCUGAGAAUCCCCGACCGCCUCAGCAUCCUCACCUACGUGUCCCAGUACUACAACUACUUCAACGGCCGUGCCCCCAGUGGGGGUGUGGGCGGAGUCAAGAGACCAGCGGAGGGGUCCAAGGAGGAGCCUUCGGGGAAGAAGAACCUGCCGGUGAUCGCCAAGCCCCUCCCCUGCAAACUUGCGGUGGAGAAUCGCCCGCCCCUCGCCGUUACAGUCACCGCACCCUCUGGGCACUUGCCAAAACUACCUCCCGCUGCUAACAAGCCGCUUCCUCAGAAGGAAGUUUUGGUGGAGAGCUCCAAUAAUACAGGGACCAUUAGCAGCACCUGUGUGGUUUGUAAACACCAUGUUCAUCUCGUCCAGCGCCACCUGGUGGAUGGGAGGCUCUACCACAGGAGCUGCUUCAAGUGCAACGAAUGCUCGAAAACCCUCCUCUCUGGAGCCUAUAAAGGCGGACCGGAACCAGGAAGCUUCACGUGCACCGCUCACCAGAGCUCCCAGAACAACUGCAAGAUGACGGCUCCGAGUGACGCUGCUCCCUCCCCCCACCCCGUCUCCGUUCUCUCUGCCCCAAUCAGAACGGAAGCCAAGCCCGUAGCCCCGCCUUCUGCCACCUCGAACUGGACCACCUCAGCCCAGAAGACCCAGGCGGCCCGCCAGCGGUUUUUCACGUCCGCUCCCGCUGUGGCUGACCCCACGCCCUCCAGCAGGCGGGCCCCGGCGGCCCCGGCGGCCCCAGAGAGCAGGGGCCCCAGCAGGGACCUGGAAGAGAAGAAGCCAGACCUGAUGACAGGGAACCUGUCGGAGGGCAACUGCAACAAUAACAAUAUCUCCACACAUCCACGGCUCUGGGAAACUGGCCACUGGGCCCCUCCUGCUGACGUUUCCAGAUCUAAGAGGGACGUGAACGGCUACGGAACAGCGGAGAACAAACCAGUCGAACCCUCGAUGCGUCUCAAAACCACCAGCAACAAGGAGGCGCUGUGGGUCAAGUCUACCCAGAGAGAGUCUUUAAACAACUUCUCUUCCCGGAUCAAAGAUGUCGAGAGGUCUGAGACGCCAGCGGACUGGAGAUCAAUGCUCAGGCCUGUGCCAAAUGGACAAGGGCUUAACUCUGAGAUGGAGGCCAACCCUUGUCCAACAUUGCCGCAGAACGACACCACUACAAACCCACUGUCUCCCCAAACUGGAGUCUGCUCCGGUACCCCUGCCAUUAGCCACGAAAAUGCAAGAACCCCUUCUAGAAAGCCUCAAAAUGUGUGUGGACGUUGGGAUUUCACAAACGGGUCUGGUUCGCCAUCCACGAAUGCUUCCACGCCUGAAUCAGCUCUGCCCAAGGGCCGGUCCUUCUGUGUGCCUGCAGAACGGAUCCAGCAGGAGCUGCAGGAGAUCGAGGAGCACCUGAGCGACCUGGAGAAGCAGGGAGUGGAGAUGGAGAAACAUCUUCGCCACUGCGAGGCAGAAGGGGAAGAGGAUGCUUUGGACUCAUUAAUGGUGGACUGGUUCAACCUGAUUCAAACCAAGCAGGCUUGCAUCCGCAGGGAAUCUGAGUUGGUCUACAUUGCAAAAACUCAAGAUUUGGAGGAGCAGCAGCCAGGAGUGGAAGGGGAACUGAGGAGACUGAUGGACACACCAGAACAUUUAAAGACCUCAGUGGACCGGCAGAGGGAGGAGGAACUGAUGGAGAGGCUGAUGGAGAUCGUCAACGACAGGAAUGCCAUCGUGGUGGUGCUGGACGAGGACAGGCUGAGAGAGGAAGAGGAAGAUCAACAGCUACAUCAAAUGAUGGAAAAACUGGGCAAACGGAGAGGGAAAAGCAAGAAGAAAUCUCCCAUUAAGAAGUUGUUUAGGCGUUUGAGUAAAAAAGACAGCAUGAAGAAUUGAUCCUCGGGGGGGGGGGGGGGGGGGCUGUACUGGUGGGCGUGUUCGGCAGCAGGCUCUGAUGUCAUUCGCUUGAUGUUUAUUAGUUUGAAUGGGUUUUGCAUUCCGGUUGAUUUGAGCAAGGCCUUUUUAAGCAUUAUGAAAGGAAGACCUCGUUGUGAUAAGAUGGGUCUGUACUGUAUGUAUGUACACAAAUCGCUAGCCAGCUAACUUCAUCCAGUAAUGUAGCUGAGAUUCUAUGCGGUUUAGUUGUUUUCAGUAAUCAUUUUAAUCGUAUGACUGAAAAUUAUUUUUAAAUAUUGGCGUCUAACUGGCCUCUACUAUUGCGCAGGGUAAAAAUAUUUGAGAAGGUUAAAAUUGCUCAGCUGUAUCCUAAACAUUUAACAUCAUUGUUUUUGUUGCACUGUUUUAAUGGACAUUGGGUUAUAUAGCAUAGUUAAUUACCUUUUGAAUUGGUUUGUUUGUAACGAGUAGUUCAUCUUGGGAGUUAUGAUCAAAUUUUUUUUUUUUUUUCUCAGCAUUUACUGAUCUGUGUUAAUGUAAAUUUUGUUUUGCUAAUUUUAAGUCACUGUUCUGAUUAAUCCAUAUUUUAAAAGGUCACCGUUUAACUGUCAAAACAGUGGUUCAAUGGGUGGAUUUUUAUGAAGGUUGUAAUACAAGACACAUUUUUAAAACCAAGUACAGUGCAGAAUAAUUUGAAUUUCUUUGUGUAUUCAAUGAUGGGUGUUGUAUUAUUUUGGUAUGGGUAUAUGAAGCUGUUUUUCAUCAAAUUUAUCAGCAAUGUGUGAAUUGGGAGUUCCUGGUAUCACUUAUAGGGCCAAUGGCCUACUGUAGUACUGAUGAAUUUCUACCACAAGGUGGCACUGUUGGGUUAUAAUGUAACAAAAAAAAUCACAAAAUGCCACAACCAAGACUUGAGUGGCCACCUUUUAAGUUCAUCUAAUUUAGCAUGACUCACUCUACCAAUGCAAUAAGAUCAAACUGAGACUAAUUAAACAGACUGUAAUUGAAUUGUUUUGAUCCCUUUCAUCAUUUGGUUCAAAAAGUAAUGUUUUCAUGUUUUGUACCCGUUCUUGCAAUGUGUGAACUUCUGUAAUGCAUUGGAAUUAGAAACUUUAUAGAUUGCUGUAGACCAGCUGAAAGAAUUGGAGCAUGUGAUUGAUGCCUUUAGAGUAAAGCUUUUUAAGGUGUGUACUGUAUACGAAUUAUUAAUGCGGGUGUACAUGCGUAUUAUUUAUACAAUAUUUAUAUACAUUUUAAGAGUUUGCAGUCAAAUAAAGCAAUUAAUAUUGUACAAUUCAA